CAGUCAGACAGACGCACCAGCGAACUUGUCUGCAGGUAUAAAGGGCGGCUGGCAGCGGGCGGGACAAAGCAGGGCUGUGUUGGCUGAGACUCUUCACUCGUCCCGGGACACUGCACAGGAAUUACAUGGUCUGUCUGGAGCCUUGCUGACUCACGAUAAACUCACAACAUCCUUCAUCAAAAACCAGCUACUUCUGUCAUCUGGAGCAACAUGAGAGAGUGCAUCUCUAUCCAUGUGGGCCAGGCAGGUGCCCAGGUAGGAAAUGCCUGCUGGGAGCUCUUUUGCCUCGAGCAUGGCGUCGGUCCUGAUGGCAUCUUCCUGGACGGUCCUGUAGAACCGAACACCCGUGAAGAUCCAUUCAACACUUUCUUCAAUACUGGGAGCUCUGGGCGUCAUGUUCCACGGGCGAUAUAUGUAGACCUGGAGCCCACAGUGGUUGAUGAAGUGAGGGUUGGAAAGUACAGAGAGCUCUUCCAUCCUGAGCAGCUGAUCUCUGGGAAGGAGGACGCAGCCAACAACUACGCUCGUGGCCAUUACACUGUCGGGAAAGAAAUCAUAGAUGGAGUCAUGGAGCGAGUUCGUAAAAUGACGGACCAGUGCACAGGCCUGCAGGGGUUCCUUGUCUUUCACAGCUUUGGAGGUGGCACUGGUUCUGGCUUCACCUCUCUGCUGAUGGAGCGUCUGUCUGUCGACUAUGGCAAGAAAUCCAAGUUGGAGUUUGCCGUCUACCCAGCUCCACAGGUCUCCACAGCUGUGGUGGAGCCCUACAAUGCCAUCCUGACCACCCACACCACCUUAGAGCACUCUGACUGUGCCUUCAUGGUGGACAACGAGGCCAUCUACGACAUCUGUCGUCGCAACAUGGACAUUGAGAGUCCCGGCUACAUCAACCUCAACAGACUGAUCGGUCAGAUUGUUUCCUCCAUCACCGCCUCCCUCCGGUUCGAUGGCGCCCUCAACGUCGAUCUGAUGGAGUUCCAGACCAACCUGGUGCCAUUUCCACGAAUCCACUUCCCUCUGGUUACUUACUCACCCAUCAUGUCUGCUGAGAAGGCUUACCACGAGCAGCUGACUGUGUCCGAGAUCACAAGUGCCUGCUUCGAGCCGACGAAUCAGAUGGUGAAGUGCGAUCCUCGUCAUGGCAAGUACAUGGCGUGCUGCAUGCUAUACAGAGGCGAUGUCGUCCCCAAGGAUGUAAACGCUGCCAUUGCAAAUAUAAAAACCAGACGUUCCAUUCAGUUUGUUGACUGGUGCCCCACUGGUUUCAAGGUAGGCAUCAAUUACCAGCCUCCAACCGCAGUUCCUGGUGGAGACCUGGCCAAAGUCCAGAGGGCCGUGUGCAUGCUGAGCAACACCACGGCCAUUGCAGAGGCCUGGUCUCGUCUUGACCACAAGUUCGACCUCAUGUACGCUAAGCGUGCAUUUGUCCACUGGUAUGUUGGUGAGGGCAUGGAGGAGGGAGAGUUUGCCGAGGCCAGAGAGGACCUGGCUUGUCUGGAAAAGGAUUACGAGGAGCUGGGUCAAAUGAGCCCCGAUUCUGAAAAUGACGACGAGGGCCAAGAAUACUGAGCCUCGUGAGGCUUUGAGCAGUGAUGGCUGCACAGCAGUGGUUGUCUUUUAAGCUAGGGUUAACCAAAUUGAUGGUCUUUCUCACUGCCUUGUUUUUAUGAUGUUUUUAUAUUGUCAGCUUCAGAAGAAGACAAGCUACUCUAAGUUGUAUUGUGAAUUGUUGAUUUGAAUUGUGCUGUGUAAUAAUGAACUGUCUUUGCAUAUUCUGUGUGAAAGUUGUUAGAGACACACCGGUGGUCUUGUGGUCUAAGACGAUACCACAUCACCACCGCGUCUACAUUACAAAUCCAGCUGGGGAUUUUCAUUGCAUGUCACCCACCUCCCUCUCUCUCUCCUCAUAUUUCCUGUCUGCCUUGCCAUUGUUACUAUUGAAUAAAGGCAAACAUGUCAAAUUACCUUAAAACAAAUGUACAAUCAAGCGAACAAUAAUACUCUUUUAAUAAAAUAAUGAGGUAAAAAAAAAAAAUUACAAAAGACAAACUUAACCCUUGUGUUUUGUUCAUACUUAUCCUCUCAUUGUUUAGGGUCAUCUGCAAAGUGG